GAUGUUGAUGAUGAGUCUGAUUCUGAUGACACCAUGGAAGAAGAGCCAGACUUUUCAUCAGAUGCCAACUAUAAUACCGAGAUGGAAUCUGAGACGGACCCUGAAACAGAAAAUGAAGAUGCCCAGGAAGAAGAGAGCAGAGUUUUUUCCGAUGAUGAAAACCUCAGAACACAACCAAAGUUUAUUGUGUUUUGGUCACAGCUCCUUCUCCUUUUUCGCUUUUGCCAUACUUGUAAAGCAGAUGGCCCUCUUAUAGAAGCAAAGCAAGUGGGUACUAUGGUUGUAGUUACAUCAACUUGUGGAAAUAAGAACUGCCAUUCGAGAGUUGUUGUAUGGAAAAGUCAGCCAAAUAUGACUGGGACAAAAAUUCCUGCCGGAAAUUUCCUGCUUUCUUUUGCCAUUCUUCUCUCUGGGGCUUCGGCAUCGAAGACCAUUCAGAUGUUCAAGCAUAUGGGGCUAUGCUGUUUCUCACUGGCAACUUUCUUCAAACAUCAAAAUUUGAGUACCAGUAUGAUAUUCAAUGUGAUCCCUGUACUUCUAUUGUGUUAAUGAUUGCAAGCCAUU